GGGUUGGAGGGUGCCCGCGCCGGCGGCACGAACGCGCGCGCGCAGCCUCGUCUCGGGCGAGACAAAGGAGGCGCGCGCCCCACCUUCAAUGAACCCGCGAGGAGGCAGGCAAAGAGCCAGUGCACGCCGCGGCGCCUCCGCGGCGGCCUAUCGUCUGUUGGUCCUGCUGCUGCUGCUUUGACAGGAGCCGAUAAAGCGGCGCCGCGGACUUCGCCCGGCCGAGCUUCAACCGCGCAGGAGAUAAAACGAGAGAAGCCUCUUUUUCCGAGUCGGCGCUCGCCCGUGCGGACAUCGGGAAAAGUGUUCUCCUCCCUCGCACUUUCAUGCGUCGACCAGGCCCACCCGUCGGCCACCGCACCGUCCGUCCGCUGUAGGCGAACGAGUGUUUUGGGCUUCUGGCCGGACCAAAUAGUGAUUUCCGCGCCUGCCAGAACCACUACUUGGCGUUGCUUCGGCGCAAGCUCUUCGAAGCGGACGGCGCUACCAACGGCCGCAGCUGGGCAGGCACGCGACCGGCCCCAUGUGCACGUCCUGCGCGUGACACCUAGGAUGCUGAGCCUCCCUGAGCGAAGGAGCAGCGGCAGUGUCACAGCCAUGAAGCGCUGCCAGACCUUCUGCAUGCGCGUGAGCAUGCUCAUAGCGCUCGUAGCCGUGCUGCUGGGCGCCAUGUGUCUCAUCAUGCUGCGCUUCCCCGAGAAAGACGUGCACAUGGCCUCCACCGACAUGCGGCUCGUCGAGGCCGUCUCCAACGUAUGGUGCGGCGGACAGGAAUUUGUGUCGGCGCACCCGUUCAGUGUUUACCGCGUCAACGACCUUCCGCCGGCUGUUCCGGCCAACCACAUCCAUCACACCAUAGAGCUGUCUGCCAGUGUGCCCUCGGGAAAGUUCCACUACCUACGCUACUAUUUGUUGCCGGGCUCCAACGUGACAGCCGACGUGAUGGCCGACGGGCCCGGGGGCACGGUGCAUGCCAUCCGUGGCGAAGAGGAGCUGCAGAGGUGCAUCCGCACGCUGCAGGAACAAGUGGAAGACGACUACGGCAGCUCCGAGGAAGACGACGACGAGGACACAUCCAGGCGCCUGCCUGCCUUCUACCGCUGGGCUAUCAAAUCGAAGCGCGUGCAUCCAUCGGACACGUUGGACGCGGCUCAUCUCACCUUUCGGGCCACUGCGGCGGACCUCUAUUACGUUCUCCUUGUAAACGAAAACCGGUCCUCGUCCUCGCUGGUGAACUUCAACAUCCGCGUCGACCUGAACCGCACCGUGUUCGGCGUGAGCCCCCAGGACGUGGUGUGCCUCGAGCAGACGCACUGUGUGUACCACGUCCAUUUCGGCGCAGAGGACAGGCUCAUCCUACAUGUGCCACGAGAGAGGGACGCCGGUAACGCCGUGUUCACCAUAACUACGUCGUGCCGGCCCCGCGUGUUCUUCUACGCGCUUCUGUUCAUCCUCAUACCCAUUCUAUUCCUGGUGUUCUUGGGUGCCGUGAUACGGGCCUUCAGUUAUCUCGCAAAUUCAUCGACAGACGAAGGGAAGUACCUGCGCUUUCGACUCUUCGGCGAGGACGAGAGGACGCGACGGCGUCGUAGGAGGCUCGAGGAACUGGUAGCAUCGCAAAGUCGGGAGGUCCAAGAGUGUGUCGCCGUCGGCAGUGGUGUAGCGGUGUCUGCCGAUCCCGCUGCCGAGCACUUCCUCGUGUACCACGUGCCCGGCUUGGACCCGCCGCCCAGGACUCCACCGCCAUGUUACGCGUCACUGCGGACUGAGCAAGAGCCUCCCGCGGUGCCUGAGGACGAAUCUCUGCUGGGCGAUGUUGUGCCUCCUAUCGAUGCCCCGACGCCCAUUCAACCACCUCGCUACUCCGAAGUGCUGCGGCAAGAGAACGCAGUGGACUUGCUCAUUCCCUUGGAGCCCACCUUGGCGCCGGAGAGGAGUGCCCGGGAGGCUGGACCCGGAGCACCGGCUGCUCCAUCCGUCCAGCCCAUGUGACCGGUUGUCUAGUCUUGUGCUCGCGUCUAGCGCCUGCGAAAUGGACCCAUUCGCACCAAGCCACCGAGACGGUUCGUCCCCAAUAAAGAACGCAUUUCUCGUCCACAUCUGCGGCAGACCAGAACGCAAGCGAUGUCCCCAACCGUGUCGCACUUGUGCUUGUGUCGUGCUAGCUGUUGCCAGGACCGGCAAGAAAUGCUGGCGAAUGCCCACCUUGUGCACGUAUAGCUCCCGGCAGAGUGCGAAAAGACAUGCCUGUGUGCGUGAUCGCAAUUUUCAGUCGGUGCAAGCAGUACUACGAAAGCAUUGUGGUUUGAGGACACUGUUGAGCGUCCGCAGUGACGCUGACGCUUGACAAGUGCUAAGUAAGCCUAUAUGUGCCUGUGAAGCUACGAAUGAACUUUAUUAGUGCGCUGCGCUUUUUUCUUUCACAA